AUGCAAUUGUUGUUUUGGAGUAUUACAAAGAGCUACAAUGAGGCUGAUUAUGAAGAGAACCUGGCUAAGCUUGCAUCAAUCAAUGUGGAUGCUGCCAAUGACUUCAAGUUGCAUAUGCCAAAGUUUUUUUGCAGAGCUUUCCUCGGUCCUGCAAUAAAAACAGAUGCAAUAACUUCCAACAUUGCAGAAACCUUUAAUGGUUUUAUCAUUCAAGCAUGGACCAAACACUUGCCAUACAUGUUGGAAGAUAUCAGAACUUCUUUGGUGGAAAGGUUGGUAGUCAAAAGGCAAGCCAUGAUUAAAGCUACUGGUGUGCUCUGUCCAAGAAUUCAAUCCAAGUUGGAAUUUGAAAAGACAAAAGCUGCUGAGUGUGAAGUGCAUCGUUCUUCUGAAAUUCAUUUCAAUGUUAGUUACAUAUUGGAUCAGUUAGUGGUGAACUUAGAUGAUAGGAGUUGCACUUAUAGAAAAUGUGACAUGACUAGCAUCCCAUGCUGUCAUGCAGUUGCCUGCAUUUAUUUUGUGGAAAAAGAGCCUGAGUUGUAUGUAGAUUCAUCAUAUUUCAAGGACACUUACAUGUCAGUUUAUGCAGGCUUAAUUCCACCAAUUCAAGGUGAAAGACACUGGCCAAAAGUGUCCCAAUGUAUUGCUCCACCACCAAUCAAAAUUGGUCCAAGGAGGCCAAGGAAAAAUCUUAUCAAAGACCCCCAUGAGAACCCUAAGAAAUCUGGUACAAUGACAAGAACAUGGAUUGAAAUGACUUUCUCACUUUGCCAGCUUAAGGGGAAUAAUAAAAGAAAAUUCCCCAACAAGGACAAUGUGCAGCCAGCUGAACCUGCUCCAAAAAGGGCUAGAGGAAGGCCUCGCAAAGAUGCUCAAGCUACACCAGCAACUCAACCCCCAACAGCUAGUUAG